AUGGCCUUUGCAUCCUCCCUAACUGAGCUCCCGAAACAGGCCACUUGCCCCCUCUGCUUGGAUUACCUGAGAGAUGCAGUCACCCUUGACUGUGGGCACAACUUCUGUGACUCUUGUAUCCAAGAGCGUUGGGAUCAUCUACAGGACGUCUUCCUUUGUCCAGUCUGCUUUCACCACUGCCCUGGUGGAAACACCAAAAGGAAUGCCCAAUUGUCUCACAUUAUUGAUGCCAGUAAGCAGCUUCCCAAUGGAAGUAGUAAGAGGAAACAGCAGGAAGAGGAACCCAUCUGCGAGAAGCACAAUGAAGUCUUAGACCUGUUCUGUGAGGAGGACUCUGAGCUAUUGUGUCCCCAGUGCAGGACCUCUUCUGACCAUCAGGGUCACCACCUGAUGCCCACUGGGAGAGCCAUAGUGCAUCAAAGAAAGAAGCUCAAAACGUAUGUGGAACUUCUGAAGAAACAGAUCUCCGAUGCGGAAAUGGCAUAUGAAAAUCAACUUUCAGAAUGUACAGAUGCAAGGUUUAAGAUAGAAAAUCGCAAGGGAGAAUUACGCCAUGAACUUGAGAAAUUUAAGUAUAUCUUGAAAAAGGAGGAGAUUGCAAUGGCCGCCGCUUUGCUUACUUCAGAGGUCAUUAUGGAAGAUAAGCUAACUCAAAACAAAAGUUGUAUUUCAAACCAUAUGAAAACCCUGAAAAAUCGUCUGUAUGAAAUAACAAAGAAGUGUUUGCAGGCCGACCAGAAAUUUUUAAGAAGCAUUAAAAGUACUGAGAGUGAGUAUGCAGACCUGCCAUCCUCGAGGGUCUUGACAUGUGAGAUCGAGAGAGACAGUUUCAUUCUCCCUCCUCAUUAUUUUGGUCUACAGAAAAUGGUCAGCACUUUUCAGGAAAAUUUGACACUAGACGUUGAAACUGCCCAUCCAAAACUUAUUAUUUCCAAUGACAGAAAAAGGGUAGCAUUUGGAAUAAGACCAACAAACAUUGUAGACAAUUUUCAGAACAGGAUUCCUUUCCCAGCUGUGCUGUGUUGUGAGUACUUUAAUGAAGGCAGACAUUUUUGGCAGGUAGAAGUCAAAGGUACUGGUGAAUUUUCCCUAGGAGUGUGUAAAGAAAUCUUCCGUGAAAGUAUUCCGAUGUCAUCAAUCUCUGACAAUGACUUCUGGCAGUUUAAUCAGACCUUGAGGCCCAUCUGGAAUACUAGGGACAUUGAACAAGGAGAACAAAGUAGAAGAUUUGGUGUGUUUCUGGAUUAUGAAUUGGGAGAACUUUCCUUUUAUAAUUUGAAGAGCAAGUUGUUCUUGCGUAAGAUUACUGGUACAUUCCCAGAAAGAGUGAUACCAUUUUUUUCGUUUGGAUCUUCCUCAGAUUCUCUUAUGAUCAGUAUAGUUACGGAGCAAUGA